GAGUCUGUCAAAGUCGAUGACUCGACGAAACAAAGAUGGAAUAUUUGACGUUCGUUUAGAGGUUAGACGAAGGCUGUCGCAUUCAUUUCUCGUGCUCGUACAACUUCCCGUCACGUAUAAUUGAUUUGAUCGUGCAUGCAGUGCGACGUGAUCAUCGACCGCCAUCAUGAGUAAGAUGUAUUCGACGGCGAACCUGUCCGACAAGGAGCUGAAGGAACAGGGGAACCGUCUCUUCGAUCUGCACAAAUACGAGGACGCAGCCAAUUGCUAUACAAAGGCGAUUAUAAAGAAUCCAGACCAAGCAUUGUACUUUACAAAUCGAGCAUUGUGUCAUUUGAAAUUGAAACAAUGGGAAUCGGUGUGCAAGGAUUGCAGACGAGCCUUAGAUAUAGAUCCUUGUUUAAUGAAGGGUCAUUUUUUCCUAGGACUUGCUCUACUGGAGUUGGAGCUUUUUGAUGAAGCUGUAAAACAUUUGCAGAGAGCUGUAGACUUGGCAAAGGAGCAGAAAUUAAAUUAUGGUGACGACAUCACCAGCGUGCUACGACAAGCACGUAAACGUCGUUUUCAAGUAAGGGAGGAACAGAGGAUCGCUCAAGAUAUUGACCUGCAGACUUAUUUGAACCAGCUGAUCGUAGAUGACGCAAAGCGUAAUUUAGCAGCUUUACAAGAACAGGAGACGACAAAGGAUUCCGAUACUGAUGCAAAUUCAACUGAAUUUGCUAGGAGAAAAGAGGAGAUCGAGGAGAAGAGAGAUACUUGUAUAUCACGGCUCAAUGAUCUCUUUGCUAAGGUCGACGAGAGAAGAAGGAAAAGAGAGGUGCCCGACUAUUUGUGUGGUAAAAUCAGCUUUGAGAUCUUGCAAGAGCCAGUGAUUACACCUAGUGGAAUCACAUAUGAACGGAAGGAUAUCGAAGAACAUCUUCAACGGGUCGGUCAUUUCGAUCCAGUCACACGUGUGCGUCUUACACAAGAUCAAUUAAUUCCAAACUUGGCAAUGAAGGAAGUAGUCGAUACUUUCCUGCAGGAAAAUGAAUGGGCCUUGCAUUACUGAUGUCAAUACAUUAUUUACUGCCAUAGAUGUAAGUUAAGGCAAUAGUGAUUUUUAAUGAUGAAAGAAAAGAAUUCAAUAUUUGAUGAAGAAAUUUAUAAGAGGAUAUCUAAAAGAAGAAAUCUCAAGAAAGUGUAAAGUAGUAGAGUAUAUACAUAUAGAUUAAGUAUAUUGUUCCCCGUCUCUCCUCGUUACAAAAAAAAUAUUUUUUGCUUUAUUAGAAGAUAGUAACUUAUUCUCUCAUCUCCUUGAGUAAGCAAGUUCAAGUCUUUAGAUUCUCUGUUCUUGAAUUUUUAUCAUAUAUUUAAGAAAAGAACAAGAAAAUAUUAUUUCUAUUGUAAAAAAUUAUCUUUUGCGAUAAAUUUUUAUUUUUAUUAUGCUGAAAUAUAUUCACAAAUUAAUAUCAAUCUAUAGGGUGUUAUUGGUGAACCGAAACGGGGUUUGCCAAUUACUAGGCGAUUUAUUCUCUACCAUAAAGCAACUUAGCUCUUCGGCUCAGGUCCAUCAAAAACCAAAAUAGCUGCCUUUAUAGUAUAUUUAUCUUAUUCGCUUUCAUUCUUGUAUCACUUUAAUCCAGAUAAACACUUAUUAUGACAAGAAGUUGAAACAAGAACAAGAAAACGCUCUUAAAAAGACAGCGGAUUUCGAGGACCUGAAUAGUGAUUUUGUAACGAAGAAAUGCUUGUAUUGUUAUUGUAUUCAAUAUUUUUCUAGAAUAUGCCAUAUGAAAAAUAUAGAAAUUAUUAUUGGAUAUAUGUAUAAUAUUAAAUAAUUAAAGCAAGAAUCGCAUGUAAAUUCAUACAAGAUAAUUCUAUGAGAGUAU